GCCGUAUGCCGUGGGUCGCUAAAAAGUGGGCUGUGUAAAAAUUCGCAAUUGUUUUUAAUCUUCGCGGUUAUGGCAAACACGAAGCGAUAGACCUGCUUUGGGAAAAAUGCGACACAAAACUAGUGAGAAGUGAACGUUUUUUGGAUUUAUUUAGUUUAAAUAGUGAAGUUUUCAAUUUAGGACAAUAUACAAUUAAUAAACUAAAAUGACUUCAAAUGGGUUAAGAAACAGUGAUAAUAAUUAUAGUGAUGACAAUUUUACGGAUGAUGAAAGUUCGCCACUCACCGAAAAUAUUUAUGGAGGAAGUACGAGGACCGUCCAGGAAACAAAAGGAUGGGACGUGUUCAGAGACCCUCCUAUCAAGGAGAUAUCCGGCUCCAUGGCCAACCAAAAAUGUCUGGAAAUAACAGUCAAAAUCCUGAAAGUGUUCGCCUACUUAAUCACCUUCGUAAUAGUGUUAGUAUCUGGGAUAGUAUCGAAAGGAACCCUGUUGUUUAUGACAUCACAGUUAAAGCCGGAAAAAGUGAUACCCUACUGCAACAGAGAUUUGGGGAGGGACAAGCAGUUCAUAGUAAAACUUCCCACUCCCGAAAGAGUAGUGUGGAUGUGGUGUUUACUUAUCGCUUUCGCAAUUCCACAACUAGGGGUUCUAUUCAGAUCCACAAGGAUGUGUUACUUCAAGUCAUCCAAGAAACCUCCGUUUCACCAUUUUCUAGUUAUUUUUCUCGUCGAAACCGGAUACACGAUCGGCUUGGCAACACUGAUAUUCUACAUUCUUCCGGAUAUUGAUGUCGUGAAAGGAGCCAUGUUGACCAAUUGUCUCUGUUUCGUACCUGCAUUUUUGGGUCUUCUGUCAAGAAACAACAAAGAAAACCAGCGCUUUCUCAAAGUGAUAAUGGACCUUGUCGCGAUAGCAGCCCAAGCAACAGGUUUUGUGGUAUGGCCCAUAGUGGAGAACCGACCCGACCUAUGGAUCAUACCAGUCGCCAUAUUUCUAGUCUCUUUGGGGUGGUGGGAGAACUACAUCUCCCGAUACUCGCCCUUGCCUUUCAUAAAGAACCUCGGAAGAAUCAAGGAGCAAUUCGAUGAAACGAGAUACUUCACGUACAUGUUUAUUUCCAUUUGGAAGAUUCUCGUUUUCUUCUUGUCGAUCUUGUUCAUUCUUUUAAUCAAUGAAGGCGAAAUUGGCUUCUUCUUCAGCGAUUUCAGCGAAGGUUUCGGUGAUCAUUCUAUCACCGUAUUGGAAAUUAAGCCUAUUAUUGGUGGUACGGCUCUAACAGACGCUGCUGAGAUCAUCGCCACUGGCGAUGAUACGAUUAUCCCAGCCAACAAUAUGACCGCUAUUUAUGUUUUGCUUAUAAACGUUCUCGCGACCUAUUUCGCAUACAUUUUCGGCAAAUUCGCCUGUAAAAUCAUGAUACAAGGCUUCUCUUACGCCUUCCCUGUAAACCUAACAAUACCAGUCACGAUAUCGCUGAUGAUAGCAGCUUGUGGCUUGCGUAACGGCGAUCCUUGCUUUUUCCACGAUACCAUCCCGAGUUAUCUUUUCUUCGAAAGCCCCUCUGCGUCCUUCUUGAACGACUUCAUCUCGCACCAACACGUCUGGAUUUGGUUGCUGUGGCUUUUAUCUCAGACGUGGGUGACCCUGCACAUCUGGACGCCAAAGUGCGAACGUUUGGCGAGAACGGAAAAAUUAUUUGUCGUUCCGAUGUACGAAGGUCUGCUUAUAGAUCAAAGUUUGGGCAUGAAUCGCAGGAGAGACGACGAGGCUGACGUCAAGACGGAGGAUUUAGACGAAAUACAAAAAGAGAAGGCCGAUGAGUACUACGAAACGAUUUCGAAUCACACCGAUGGUUCUUCGCCGAAGACCAUCAAGAGUUCCGAUAACAUUACGAGGAUUUACGCUUGCGCUACCAUGUGGCACGAAAACAAAGAAGAGAUGGUGGAGUUCUUGAAGUCUAUAUUGAGGUUGGACGAGGAUCAGUCCGCCAGAAGGGUUGCGCAGAAGUAUCUUAGAGUGGUAGAUCCUGAUUACUAUGAGUUUGAAACUCAUAUUUUCUUCGAUGACGCAUUCGAAAUUUCCGAUCACAACGACGACGAUAACCAAGUAAAUCGUUUCGUGAAACUUCUGAUCGCCACAAUCGAUGAAGCGGCUUCAGAUGUGCAUCAAACUCACAUCAGGUUAAGGCCGCCGAAGAAGAUCCCGACACCUUACGGCGGAAGAUUGGUCUGGAUUUUGCCCGGUAAAACGAAGAUGAUCGCCCACUUGAAAGACAAAAUGAAGAUCAGGCACAGAAAGAGGUGGUCGCAAGUGAUGUACAUGUACUACCUCUUGGGACACAGGCUCAUGGAGUUACCGAUUUCGGUCGACAGAAAAGCUGUUAUCGCUGAAAACACCUAUUUGCUCACUUUGGACGGUGAUAUCGAUUUCCAACCUUCCGCUGUGCUGCUUUUGAUCGAUUUGAUGAAGAAGAACAGAAAUUUAGGGGCAGCUUGCGGGCGUAUUCACCCGGUGGGUUCGGGCCCCAUGGUCUGGUACCAACUGUUCGAGUACGCUAUUGGUCAUUGGCUGCAGAAAGCCACGGAACACGUCAUUGGUUGCGUACUUUGUAGCCCGGGUUGCUUCUCUCUCUUCAGAGGAAAAUCUCUCAUGGACGACAAUGUUAUGAAGAAAUACACCACCAGGUCGGACGAGGCUAGGCAUUACGUGCAGUACGAUCAGGGCGAAGACCGUUGGUUGUGCACCCUGUUACUGCAAAGAGGGUAUAGAGUGGAAUACUCAGCCGCCUCUGAUGCCUACACGCAUGCUCCAGAAGGUUUUAACGAGUUUUACAAUCAAAGACGUAGAUGGGUACCGUCGACUAUGGCUAACAUUAUGGAUUUGCUUAUGGAUUCUAAAAGGACUAUCGACGUUAAUGACAACAUAAGUAUGCCUUACAUUGGUUAUCAGAUUUUGCUGAUGGGCGGUACUAUUCUUGGACCCGGAACUAUAUUUCUUAUGUUGGUGGGAGCCUUCGUGGCUGCUUUCCAGAUCGACAAUUGGACCAGCUUUUACUACAAUAUUAUCCCGAUUUUAUUCUUCAUGUUGGUUUGUUUCACUUGCAAAUCUAACAUACAGUUGUUGGUGGCACAGAUACUUUCGACAGGUUACGCGCUUAUUAUGAUGGCUGUAAUAGUGGGUACCGCUCUCCAGUUGCGUGAGGACGGUGUGGGUUCACCUUCGGCCAUUUUCUUGAUAGCUAUGACGGGUUCGUUCUUCAUAGCGGCCUGUCUCCAUCCGCAAGAGUUUUGGUGCAUCGUCCCUGGAUUAAUCUAUCUCUUAUCCAUACCGUCCAUGUACUUGCUUUUGAUAUUGUACUCCAUCAUCAACUUGAACGUGGUAACCUGGGGAACCAGAGAGGUGGCGGUGAAGAAAACGAAGAAGGAACUGGCGGAAGAGAAGAAGAACGCCGAAGAUAUGAAGAAGAAGGUUAAGCAGAAGUCGCUGCUUGGAUUUCUGCAAAACGGCGGCACGAGCGAAGACGACGAGGGAAGCAUCGAGAUCUCUUUGGCUGGUCUUUUCAGAUGCAUGUUGUGCACCCACCAGAAGGCUGGAGACGAAAAAGCCCAACUCAUACAUAUUGGUGAUACUUUGGACGUGUUGGCCAAACGAUUGGAUCAUAUUGAAAAGGUUGUCGAUCCAGCCGGCCACGUAUCCAGAAGGAGAAGCAUGUCUGCUUCGUCCCGUGGAGAUCACCAUCAUUUGGGAGCCGUCACCGAAGAAAAUAUGGACGACGAAUCAGACAAUUCAGACUCUGAAACCGCGUCUACCGUUCCGCAAAACAAGAGGGAUGAUUUGGUCAACCCAUACUGGAUAGAGGAUGCCGACGUAGGCAAGGGCGAGGUGGAAUUCUUGAGCAGCAGCGAGAUGGGCUUCUGGAAGGACCUGCUGGCCAAGUAUUUGUAUCCUAUUGACGAAAAUAAGGAGGAAAAGGCACGUAUUGCAUCAGACUUGAAAGAACUCCGUGAUCAGUCGGUCUUUGCGUUUUUCAUGUUGAAUGCUCUUUUCGUGUUAAUAGUAUUCUUGUUGACUCUCAAAAAGGACUAUUUGCACAUUAAAUGGCCGUUUGGCGUAAAGACGAAUAUAACAUACGACGAGAGCACACAAGAGGUUCACAUUUCAAAGGAGUACCUCCAAUUGGAACCCAUUGGUUUGGUGUUCGUAUUCUUCUUCGCCUUGAUUUUGGUCAUUCAAUUCGUGGCUAUGUUGUUCCAUAGAUUUGGAACCAUCGCCCAUAUUUUGGCUUCAACAGACCUCAACUUAUGUUGCAACAAGAAGAAAGAAGAACUGUCACCAAAUGCUUUACUGGACCGACAAGCGGUUGAGAUUGUGAAACAGCUGCAGAAAUUGCAAGGCAUCGAUGAUGGAGACUACGAGAACGACUCCGGAUCUGGACCUGAUAGGAUCGGAAGAAGAAAAACCAUCCAUAACCUGGAAAGGGCGGCUCAGAAGAAACGACAAAUCGGUACUUUGGACGUGGCUUUCAAGAAACGUUUUGCCAAACUGAACGCCAACCCUGGAGCAGGUACUCCUGUCUUGAGCCGAAGAAUGACGAUGGGCAGGGAAACGAUGAAGGCCUUGGAAGUGCGCGUGAAUUCCGUCAUGGCUGAGCGAAGAAAGUCGCACAUGCAGACGUUGGGCGCCAAAAACGAGUACGGUAACAACAACGUGGUGCAGAGGAAUCACAGGAACAGCGUUGCCAGCAGUAUCCCUGUGAAGGAGAUUUUCGAAAAUAACGGCGGCCACGUCAACCCGGCUUACGAGGAAGAGACUUACGGCAGCAGGAACUCCUUACAGAUGCAUCCGAGGAAUAAUGUCACAUGGAAAGGAAGCAAUAGUAGAAUGUAGUUAUUUAAAUGAAAUACUCUCGUAAAUAUGUAGGUAAUAUCGCCCUUUAAGACUUUAUUAAAAUUAUGUUUAAGGGUGUAAUGUCUCAACAAAAGACUAACUUCUAGACAAUUAUACUGCCUUUUGUAUAUAGUUUUUUCGCAAAACACUGCCCCUUUCGAUGUUCUAAAUAAAUUGUCAUUACCUCUAAAUAUAAGACUAAAUAUUGUAAGCUCAACUUUUUUAUACCAACCUAGAAAUUUUUGUAAUUAGAUUUAGACGUAUUUAUGUUUAGGCUAAGUUAUGUAUUGUGAUACAUAAAUAAAGAGAUUGUAUAUAUUAUAACCCCUUUAAUUUACAACCUGCAUAUAUUAUAUAUGCACAACAAAUUAA